AAAGAAAAAUGUCAAAAUGUUAUUUAAAGUUAAAUAUACAUAUUUUUUGAAAAAUAUUUACCAAAAGCACCUACAUAUUUCUUAUCGUUAUUUAUCCGGUCUAAAUUUAUGGGAUGAAGAACUCUCACCUGAAAUUAAACAUAAGAUAGAAAAUCAUUGGAGGAAUCGAAUUAAAGUAGAAAAUUUUAAUGAGAAUGAGACUUCAAAGGAAAAGUAUUACGUAUUGUGUAUGUUUCCAUACCCAUCCGGUUUUUUACAUAUGGGACAUGUACGAGUAUACACUAUCAGUGAUACAAUAGCCAGAUAUCAAAGAAUGAAUGGUAAAAAUGUUAUACAUCCAAUAGGAUGGGAUGCUUUUGGACUUCCUGCAGAAAAUGCAGCAAUUGAUAGACAGAUAGCACCCGAAGAAUGGACGAAACAAAAUAUAGCCUACAUGAAAAAACAGUUGCAAGAAUUGGGGUGCAGCUUUGAAUGGCAUCGAGAAUUAGCUACAUGUGACCCAGAAUACUACAAAUGGACGCAAGACUUGUUUUUAAAACUAUAUAAUGCAGGGUUGGUAUACCAGAAAGAAGCUUUGGUCAAUUGGGAUCCUGUUGAUCAAACAGUAUUGGCAGAUGAACAAGUGGAUGAAAAUGGCUGCUCCUGGCGUUCUGGCGCAGUGGUAGAAAAAAAACUUUUAAAACAGUGGUUUGUGAGAACUACAAAAUUCGCUAAAGACUUACUUGAAGGUCUGAAUGAUUCUGUUUUACACGACUGGCGAGAUAUUAUAAAAUUACAAAGGCAUUGGAUAGGCAAAUGUAACGGCGUUCAUUUUGACUUUAAAAUAUGUGAUGGUGGUGAUAAUGUAAGUUUGUGGACUGAUAUGCCUGAGUAUAUUGAACAUGCUAAAUUCGUGGCAGUCAGUAACGGUCACAUUUUGGCAAAGAAAGAGGUAAAAAGUGGCGAACGGACAGUGAAACUUAAUGUCGAAUUGGAAAAUCCGUUUAAUAGUGAAAAGUUACCGGUGUAUGUUACUAAUGAUGUUGAAUUUUUACCAGGAACGGAUACCUUUGUGGGUAUUCCUGGUGCACAAGAACAGGCAGAAACAUUUGCCAUAAAAUAUAAUAUACCUUACGGUGCCAUCCCUAAAUUUAUUGUUGAAGAAGAGAUUAAGCGCCAACAAGAAGCGGUUUGUAAAAAAGCGCAACAAUUGAACAUCGGUGGUUACUGGACUAGCGCUAAGCUACGUGACUGGCUGAUUUCUCGACAGAGAUAUUGGGGUACCCCUAUUCCAAUUAUACAUUGCGAAAAAUGUGGUACCCAACCUGUACCGAGAGAGAACUUACCUGUGGAGUUACCUAAAUUGACUAAACUAAGUCAGAAGGGCGGUUCACAGCUAGCAGAGGUUAAGGAGUUCAUUAACACGAUUUGUCCCAAAUGUGGAGGUUCGGCGAAGAGAGAAACUGAUACAAUGGAUACGUUUGUCGACAGCUCUUGGUACUAUUUGAGAUAUUUGGAUCCAAAGAACAACAAUGAAAUGUUCGACGAGGAGAAAACCAGGAGAAUGACUCCUGUAGAUUUAUACAUAGGAGGAAAGGAACACGCGGUGUUGCACUUAUAUUAUGCAAGGUUCGUAAGCCAUUUCCUGCAUUCUCUGGGUCUUCUACCGGAAAGAGAACCUUUCAGAAGGUUGCUGGUGCAAGGAAUGGUGAUGGGCCGCAGUUUUAGAGUAAAGGGAACCGGUGAAUACUUACCCGAGACCAAGGUAAACAUUUUAGACUUGAAACGAAACAAGGCCGUGGUUAAGGAAACGGGCGAACCGGUUAAUAUUUCCUGGGAGAAAAUGAGCAAGUCUAAAUUCAACGGGGUCGAUCCCGACGACAUGUUCAAAAAUUAUGGCAUCGAUACUACUAGGUUGCUAAUAUUAGCGGAUGUCGCUCCCACUUCCCAUAGAAACUGGAACAGCAACACAUUCCCCGGCAUUUUAAACUGGCAGAAAAGGUUGUGGUUAACGAUUAGGGACUUCUUGAAACACAGAACCAAUUUACCCCCUCGGAUUCCCGAGGAUCAGUUUCGUUCUCACGAAGAUUUCAUGUUUGAUUCCAGGAAUUACUACAUCAAAGGGACGUCGUUCAACUAUCUGAUCUCUCAACAGCUCAGCGUUGCCGUUUCUAAACAGCAAGGCCUUACCAACAGUCUUAGGAAAUCCCCACCUGCUAUCUUUGCGUACGGCCUCCAGUUCGAAAGAGCUUUGGCAACGCAGAUAAUUUUAUUAGCCCCGAUGGCGCCUUACUUUGCGUCCGAAUUGUGGAGCGGAUUUAUAGCUGCCCCUAAUCGGUUAAAUAAUUCUGAGGAAAUUCGUUGGGAUAAAUCGGUGUUUGAACAGACGUGGCCAGAAACCGAUAUGGACUAUAAUUUGGAUCUUGUGUGUCAGGUUAACGGUUUUGAGAAUUCCGUUGUGAAAAUACCAAGAAAGGAUUUAGAGCGACUGCAAGAGGAAGAGGCGAUCUCUAUAGCUCUAAAACAAAAGGAAGUCCAAUCUACCUUGACGACAAGGAACGUAUUGGAUAUACGUUACACUGUGCAUGCGGGAUGCGAAGGAAUCGUUAAUAUAUUGACUGAUCAACCUCCGCCGAAGGUGAAAGUGCAGGAAGCAAAGAAUUAAUGCUUUCCUUUAUUGUAAUAUUAUUUUGAGCCAAUUAUUAAGAGAUCCUAAGAAUGAAAAUAAAUGAAAA